AUGCAAGGGGUGACCCAGAUCUCUUCGUACUCGUCGCGCUCCUCAAAGCCGCGGGGGCAGACUUCAGUCGAGCCGCUGGGAGUGGCCGACGUCGAAGUGGGCGAGCCGGUGGGGCUCACGCCGGGCGAGAGGGACGUGGAGGUAGGAGGAGCAGUAGCGGAAGACGAGGUCGCAGAGGCGGACUCAGAGGCAGAGGGAGAGGCGGAAGAGGCAGACUCAGAGGCGGAGGCGGAGGCCGACGACGACGACUCAGAGGCAGAGGCGGAAGCCGAUGCCGAGGCAGAGGCAGACUCGCUAGCCGACGCAGAGGCGGAGGCCGAAGCAGAGGCAGACUCAGUGGCAGAGGCGGAGGCCGACGACGACGACUCAGAGGCAGAGGCGGAAGCCGAUGCCGAGGCAGAGGCAGACUCGCUAGCCGACGCAGAGGCGGAGGCCGAAGCAGAGGCAGACUCAGUGGCAGAAGCCGAAGCCGACGACUCGGAGGAAAAGGCAGACGCGGAAGCCGAAGCCGAGGCGGAGGCAGAAGCUGACUCAGUAGCCGAGGCCGACGCGGAGGAGGAAGCAGAGGCCGACUCCGAAGCCGAAGCGGACGCAGAGGCAGAGGCAGAGGCAGACUCAGAAGCCGACGCAGAGGCGGAAGCCGAGGACGAAGCCGACGCCGAAGGGUCAACCGACGACGAAGCCGAGGCCGAGUCGGUUGGGAGAGCAGACGACGUAAUGUUCACGGACGCGGUGGGCGUCGCCGAGGUGGUGGCCUCGCGCGUCAGGGUGAUGUUGACGGUGGUGAACUCGGUGGCAGUCUCGGUGGCAAUGCCGUUGUCGUUGGUGGGAACCGCCGAACCAGUGGGAGUGCCAGUAGGGGCGUCAGAGUUGCUCGAGCUGGUGGGAGUAGCAGACGCAGACUCGGACGCAGACUCGGAAGCCGACUCGGAGGCCGAAGCAGAGGCAGACUCAGUGGCAGAGGCAGACUCGGUGGCGGAGGCAGACUCAGUGGCAGAGGCAGACUCGGUGGCGGAGGCAGACUCGGUGGCGGAAGCGGACUCGGUGGCGGAGGCAGACUCGGUGGCGGAAGCGGACUCCGAAGCCGAAGCCGACUCGGUGGCAGAGGCUGAGGGAGCAGCAGAGGCGGACUCAGAAGCCGACGCCGACUCGGUGGCAGAGGCUGAGGGAGCAGCAGAGGCGGGCUCAGAAGCCGACGCCGACUCGGAGGCGGAAGCAGACUCCGAAACGGAGGCGGUGGGGUCCACCGACGCCGUCGAGCUGGCACCGGUGGGCUCGGCAGUCUGGGUACCGUUGGCGCUGGUAGGCUCAGCGGAGAUCGAAGAGCCAGUCGAAGAAGGGUCAACAGAUGAAGACUCGGCGGACGAAGAGGCAGUGGGGUCGACCGAAGCCGAGGGGGUCGCCGAGGGGUCAGCCGCCGAAGUCGGCGUGGCAGAAGCGGAGGGGUCGGCGCCUGAAGGAGCAGCCGACUCGGAAGCCGAGGCCGAAGGGUCAACCGAUGCGGAGCUGGAGGGGUCCACAGAGGCAGUGCCAGUGGGCUGGGCCGACUCGGAGCCCGUGGCCGAAGCCUCGACCGAGGACGUCACGUUGCCAGAGGGGGUAGCAGAGGGGUCAACCGACGUGGACGAGGCCGAAGGGUCAGCGUCCGAGGGAGCAGCGGAGCCGGAGGCAGCGGGGUCCGAAGGAGCGGCGGACUCAGAAGCCGAGGCGGAGGGAGCGGGGUCCGAAGGCGAAGCAGAAGCACCGUCAGAGGGGGCGGCGGUGGGCUGA